AUGUGGGCUGCCAUGUUAACAGGCCUCUGUAGCCCCUUCCCCCUCCUCUGGUUAGUCCAACUCUUAUUAUGGCCAUUUCUCAGUGGACCCCAACUGGCUGAGGCAACACCCCUUUGCCCUGCCCUCUGUAGCUGCUCCAAUCAGGCAAGUCGGGUGAUUUGUACCAGAAAGGAACUGACCGAAGUCCCACAAAGCAUCUCAGUCAACACACGAUACCUCAACCUGCAGGAAAACUCAAUAGAGAUGAUCAAAUCUGACACCUUUAAACACCUGAGUCACCUGGAGAUCCUUCAGCUGUCAAAGAAUCACAUUCGUCAGAUCGAAGUUGGAGCAUUUAAUGGCCUCCCAAACCUCAUCACACUUGAGCUUUUCGAUAAUCGUCUGCCAGUGGUCCCAUCGCAAGCAUUUGAAUAUCUCAGUAAACUGCGUGAACUCUGGCUGAGAAAUAAUCCAAUAGAAACGCUCCCAGCCUAUGCUUUCCAUCGUGUCCCUUCCCUUCGACGUUUGGACCUUGGUGAACUCCGAAAGCUCAGUUUCAUCUCAGAGGCAGCUUUUGAAGGACUAGUAAAUCUCCGUUUCCUGAAUUUGGGAAUGUGUGGAUUGAAAGAUGUUCCAAACUUGACACCACUUCUGAAACUAGAGGAACUUGAACUUUCUGGGAACCAGCUAGGUGUAGUUCGUCCAGGAUCAUUCCAAGGUCUUGUUUCACUACGCAAAUUGUGGCUUAUGCACUCACGCAUCUUGCUGAUUGAACGCAAUGCUUUUGAUGACCUGAAGAACCUAGAGGAGCUCAACUUAUCACACAAUUCCUUGCAUUCACUGCCCCAUGACCUUUUUACACCACUACAACAGCUUGAAAGGGUUCACCUGAACCACAAUCCCUGGGUUUGUAACUGCGAUGUUCUCUGGCUCAGUUGGUGGUUGAAGGAGACCGUGCCAGAUAAUUCCACCUGCUGUGCCCGCUGCCAUGCUCCACCUGGCACCAAAGGACGCUAUAUCGGCGAUCUGGAUCAAAGAGACUUCACUUGCUAUGCCCCUGUAAUUGUGGAGCCUCCAACUGACCUGAAUGUGACUGAGGGGAUGGCAGCGGAACUGAAAUGCCGAACUGGGACAUCCAUGACCUCUGUGAACUGGUUGACCCCAAAUGGAACCCUGAUGACCCAUGGUGCAUACAAAGUACGAAUCUCAGUGCUACAUGAUGGCACUCUGAACUUCACUAAUGUCACCAUGCAGGAUACUGGGCCAUACACUUGCAUGGUAACCAACUCAGCUGGAAACACCACGGCAACUGCCGUCCUCAAUGUGUCUGCCUCUGACCCUGGCAAUGGAUACAGCUACUUUACAACAGUCACUGUGGAAACGGUGGAGACAGUGCAAGAAAUUCGUAACUCUGCUCGGCAAUAUGUCAAUGAGACUUACAUUGCUGUUCCAGGACCAACAGCAUCAUCAGGGUCAACAGGACCCUCAGGAUCAGUGCCGUUGUCACUCUCACCUCAUGUCACUCGUGCUCCAGAGCGCCCUUUCACGGUCUCCAUCACUGAUGUUGCUAAUCUUUCAGGUCUUGAGGAUGUAAUGAAGACAACAAAGAUUAUAAUUGGCUGCUUUGUGGCCAUCACCUUCAUGGCUGCCGUCAUGCUUGUGGUUUUCUACAAACUGAGGAAGCAGCACCAGCUGCACAAGCAUCAUGGUCCUGCCCGUGCCAUUGAGAUAAUUAAUGUUGAGGAUGAAAUGGGGCCACCAGGGGGUGCCAGUGGCAUUGCAGGUGGUUCCACCCUUCACUCUGGAGCAGGACCAGGUAUUGGGGGUGGAUCUGGAAAAAAUCAUCGAAUCCAUGAUCCUGAAAUUGUCACACUGCCCAACAUCGGGCGCUCAGAUCAUGUCAAUAACUACUACAAAUCUCAUCACUUUAACAACAAUGUCCUGGGACUCAACAUGGGGGUGGGGCAGUCUGGGAACAAAACAAGCCCUUCCUCCAAGAAACAGGCACCCUCCACCAAUCAGACAACCACACCUGUUGACUCCACUAAUCCUGGAUCUGUCUCUCCACCAUUACCGAUUCCGAUCCCGAUGGCGAUGACUUUCCAUGGAACACUGAAGAGCUUAAGCCACACCCCCAGCUCUCAGAAUGAGCCUCUGCUGCUGUCCAAUGGGUCCAAGGAGAGUGUUCAGGAGACACAGAUCUAA